GGAGAGACGGAGUGCACAGGACGGACACUGCUCAUUCUAAGAGUUUAGGCAAGUUUGGGAAGGUGGUGUGCUGGGACUUUGUUUGCAGAAACGCAAUAGAAGGUGAGGAAACCUGCAGUGCAGACAAAGAGCGUUCAGCGAGUUGCCUGCAGAGACACACAAACUUACCCAACAUCUGGUCUGCUGGAGGACGGGGCGAGCCGGAGAGAGAAACUUUGGAGGGCGGAGAGAAAACUAUCUCCGCCGGAGAAAAAUGCAUUGAAUCUGGGAGUCUGGGGGGUCAUCUACAUGAGUCGAAGAGAGAUUCGGUGGUCGUGUAAAGUGACAAGAGUGGAGGGAAAGAGGACGGGAAAGGUCUUGGAGGGCGAGAAGUCCACCUGGAGCGGUCAGAGAAUGAAUUAGCCAAAGGCUCGGCUGCUUCAGAGUCCCAGCCAGAGAGAAGGCUCACUCCUUGGCCCCUCCACCUCCUUCCAUAAGAGCCAGGCCUAUGUCCAUGGAUGAGGAGAGGAGUGCCCCUGCCAUCUCCCCAGAGCCACCUGAUGAUGGGGACCCCGGUCUACCAGCUCCACAACCGAGUACACACACGACCUCCACCACAGAGAGAGCAAAGAGCUGCCUAAACCUAAAGCCCUGUCCUAGUGAGGAUGUGGCCCACACCUACACUGAGCCCCUCAUAUUGAGGUCAAAUGGCACACCAGAAAGGUUGCUAGGCAAUGAUGAAGACAAUUGUAACAGCAGCUUCUCACACUCGGAGCUUACAACACCCAGCAAGAGUAUCACAUCUCAACCAGCAGCCAGAUCCACGCCCAUCCACCACACCCAGCCAUGUCGGACGCAGCCGAGCAGCCAGCUACGCAACGGAGCCAAGCAGCACUCACACGCACACUCCUCUCACACGCACUGUCCGCAUCACACGCACACGCAUGCAGUCCAGUCCAACGGGGUCAGGAACGGGGGCCCUCAUGAGCAUCCUAAGCUGGGCUCCCUCCCAAGAGGUGGCUCAUCCACCUCCUCGUCCUCUUCAGCAGGACCCAAACACACCAAGAAAUUGCAGUCCAACCCCUCCAUCACCUCCCAGAGCAGCAAGAGGAGCAAGAGCAGCUCCAAGAGUAACAGCUCCCAGAUUCCCACAGAGGCACAGGACGACUGCUGUGUUCACUGUAUUCUGGCCUGCCUCUUUUGUGAGUUCCUAACUCUGUGUAACAUCGUGCUGGACUGUGCCACCUGCGGCUCCUGCGCUGGCGAUGACUCGUGUUUCUGCUGCUGCUGUGCGUCGGAGGAGUGUGGCGACUGUGACCUGCCCUGUGACAUGGACUGUGGCAUCAUCGACGCCUGCUGUGAGUCUGCAGACUGCCUGGAGAUCUGUAUGGAGUGCUGCAGCCUUUGCUUCUCCUCCUGAGGCCCCAGCCACCAACACAGGGGGCGAAGUAGACGCUUGCUACACACUCCCACAAGCACAGGAACAACUUCGACCAGCAUCUUAUCAGAGCUGAGAAGUCCUACACCCAGCCUUUGUUGCCUGGGCUCUGUGGUUCACAUUACAUUGGGAGACCUAGGUGGCUCCACAAUAUGUCCAGUGUUUCUUACAGGGUUUGCCAAGCAAAAGAUGUGACCUAAUGCUGAGAGCCGUCACUGGUGAACUCUUCCUGUCUUUACUGAUCAAACGUUGGGGCAGUAACUUUCCUUGCUUUGUCUUUGCUGUUGGUCCAUUUCUACACAGCUAGGUGGAUGGCGCAGAGCGAGUUCCAGCUGUGGUCCACGAGAGUUUGCCAGGCUGUGCAGCCUCUGGACCCUCCCUGAACAAGCUAUUAUUACAAUGGAGCCCCUUGUGCCGUCUGAAUGACUAGAGUUCUCCAAGCAUGAAAAAUGACCUCCAAAGUCAAAUGAGAAAAUGGCUCCAUUUAACCGGAUUUUAGUGUUUCUGUAGAUAAGAGCAGCAGCAUAAUGGGAAAAUGGACGCUCAGAUCUCAGUAGAAAUGUAGUCUGUCCUCCUGUCCUUGGCAAGGUUAAAGUCUUCCAGUUUGAUUGCUUACAGUGGCUUUUUCAACACACAGUCCAAGUGGCAGAUGUUGAAUUCACCGCCAUCUUCAUCUUUUGCAAUGUACAAAAACAUUAUCGGUGGCUUGUUGCAAUAUUACACACAGAUUUUUUUGUUCAUACACAUCUCACUUAAAGGACUUAUUUAGAGAAGAAACAUGAGAGCGUCAUGUAUCAGCCUGGAAAUGGGUCCCAUUACAUGAGUGUUUAAAGUGAUGGACAUCACAGAGCGAAUGGUUGAUAGCAUCUGCAAUGGACAUAUUCUCUACUCUAACAUGUGAAGGGAGAGUUCUUAAUCAAAAGUCUCUCCUCAUUUAAUGUUUCACAUCUUGUUUACUUAUACAGCUGUUUUUUUUUUUUCGAGGGGCUUUGACUGUAUUCAGUGAAUUCUUCCUCAUCUGAUUGGUCAGAACUGGUAAAGGACUGGUAGAGGAUUGGAAGGCAUCAUCUCCCUUUUAAUACCUUUCAUUUUCUUUUGUCAUUCUUGCUAUGUGAACAAAUGGCCUUGGCUUAGCUUAAGGUCUGAAUUUUCAAGUAGAUUCCUCGCCUUUACCAAAUCUCUAUUAAUCCUUGUUUUGUAGAUUUUAGUUAAGAUAUUUGCAUUUCUCCUCUAAUGUGAAAAUCACAUUUCUGUGUUAUCGGGUUUUGCCGGGCUCUCUGUAAAGCAGACAUUGCUCAACAUCUAAUUUAAUUCCUUGAGUGAAAAUCUCACAACAUUAUGCUAAGUUAGAUCCGUAUGCUCUUAGUGUGAAUGGUACUCUUUUGAUAACAGGCCCGCACUCUCAUAUGCUCAGACGCAUACCUUCUCCAACCCAAUACCUCUUGAGAUGUCACCUAGAUCUGUUGUGCAUUUUAAAAUGACUUGAUAGAAAUCUCUCUCCUCUCUGAUCAAAGACUGUUUGUGCAAUCUUUUUUUCUUGGAAAUACCAAAGAGUUUUCCUUUUACUGGACCUUAGUUUCUAGACCUAUAAUUACUUGUACAUAGAAGGGUUUUUGCUAUGCUAAUAUGGCUGCGAUUGAUUAAACCCUAUUUUAAGGGCUGAAAUCUAACACUGUUGAUGAUGAAUAUACACUACGGCUGUAGUCAACCUGAUAACACAGCGGCAGAAAAGGCAAGUUUUGGGAAUUCAGCUAAUGCAACUUGAGAAGAUAAUAUGACUCCUCAUGUGUGUUUAUAUCAGAUUAGAUUUGUUUCAGAUUUUAGGACAUGUUCACACUCAGCUGAGACAAAAUCCUGGAAAGCCCUGGAAAAUAAUGCAAAUCUUUACAGUACAGAGAGAUUUAUGAAGGGAGAACUGGAUUAUAUUGCAAAUAGAAAUUUUAACAAUGUCACUUUGUUUGAUUUAUAUAUUCCAAGUGCAGAUUUUGAAAAUGAUUCUUCAUCUAAGGACAUGCUUUCUGUCACCAGACCAACCUUGUCACAAAAGAGAGAAGGAGUACAUUCUGAUAAAUGCCUGGGGUAUGUGCAAGGUUAACCCAUUUGAGUUUGAAACCAAAAUAAAAAUUGCUUCCUUAGCAACACUGGUUUGUUAACAACUAUCUUUACAAUUAAUAGAAACAGUUUUGUACCACUGGAAUGCAGUUUGUACAUGCACAUAGCUACAAGGCCAACAGGCUAAUGUUAGCAUAACUGGUCUCCACUGUUGACAGUGGCACAGCUACUCUGCCUGUUAGCCGGCAGUGUUAAAAUAAACACCUUGCUAUCAUGCAAGUUACACAAGCAGGAAUAUAAAUACAUAUUAUCAUAUGUUUCCUACUGGCUCAUUUUAUUGCUAAAACAAUAGGGUCUUUGUUUUUAACCCAACCCAAUUGACAUGUUGUUUCCUAUCAUUUAUGACUGUGCAUAACCACAACCUCACUCCAGCUCAAGUUUCAAGAUUAUUACCACUCAGCUGCAGCUUCUCACUGGGCUCACACACAGUCCAAAGGGGUACAUUUUGAGAACUUCAAAAUCCAGUUUUCAUAAAUCGGAAACUCGCAAACAGGCUUAUCUGUGCCCUCAAAUCCUUGGUUUCUAUUAUGCUGCAUUGAUCUUAUUUUGCUCAAAUUCCUUCUGUAGCUGGAAAAAUAAAGUCAACAAACCAUAUUUGUAACAGAAAGCAUUCUUUGCAGCUCUCUUUUUUUUUACCAGUCGUUCAUUAAAACAUGUCUGGCACUCUUGUUAGGUUCCUGUUUUCCAAAAGUAGCUUUAACAGUUAUUUUGAAGAGGUAAAAAUUCUCCUUUUGGACUGUAAAGUGCAGUUAGAAUGUGCAGCGGAGUGGUAUGUCAGUACCAAAGCUUGUGCAUUAAAGGUGCUCUAAAGGUUGUGCUGUGCAACAUUAAUCAUGUGAAACAACAUUUUAAUAAGGAUACUACUUUAUGUCUAUACUGAGAAGUGUUUCACAACUCAUGGAGAACGGAGGCAGUCUGGAGGCAUUCAUUGGUUGGUCUGGGGAUGAAGGACGCUGUCUAGACAUAGAAAGUCCUCAGAUGAACACUGGUCUUGCACUUAGAUCAUUCUCUGGAUUUUAGAGAUGAUUUGGGAUGUGGAUUUGAUGUUGUGUUUGUGCCAGACUGGCCAUCAUCUCAUUUCCAGAUAUGUCCCUUGUAUUCAGUCAAGCUAUCACAGUAAUACGAGAAGAAAAUACAAGUUUACUUUCAAUGAUUUCCACACUCAGUAUUAACAGUAUUUCUAUUAGAAUGAACUUGGAAAUGGUUAGAAAUUCAUGGAAAUUUCUAACCGUUGAUUUCAUAGAUUUAUUAUCUUAUUAAGAGAUGAAACUUGGAUAUUGAUUUAAAGGGCUGGCCACCUCUGCUAGUAGUCUGAAAGUUAUCCUAGUCCAGCUGAAUUCUUACUAGACUGUAGUCCACUAUAAUGUCAUUUUGUUUACACUACCCCCAUUUAAUGUCAAUUUGAAUUGCAGUCAUGGAAGUCACAUUAAAAUCUCUUUGUUUAAUACUGAAUAAACAAU